UCCUUUUUUUUUUUUUUUUUUUUUUUGUAUCCCACGAUUCCCAAUAUGCCCAGUAUCUGCUCUAAGGAACCUCGUCAUUGCCGAAGACCGAUAUUUUUUCCAAAUCCAAUGCGGUAAAACUCCAAUUUGAGCCGAUAUGGUCAAGGGGUGGAAACUUCAUUUAGUAGGAGUCGCUAAGUGACAUCCGGCAAAAUGUCUCUGGCUUCUGAAGAAUUGGUUUUUGUUUGAGGUUUCGUGGUCUCUGUGGUGCUUUGCAAAAAGGAGCUGUAAGAGGAGGUUCUGAUAUCAGCAGAAAUGUCAUCAUCUUUGGAGAAGCUUCUCGCAAAGGAAGGUUUUAAAGGAAGAAGAUCAAUGAGUAGAUCGAGAUCAUCAUUCAAAUCAGAUGCUGCAAGUACAUUGUCUAAUAGUUUCCGAGAUCAACGCAAGAGUGGUUCUUUACUGGGUCAUAGAAAUAAGAUGAAGAGGGCAAGGUCUGAUGUAGCUCGACACAAUUUGAGACGUGAAUUACCACAACAUGAUGAUAUCAGGGGUAGGAGAUCAAGGGACAGUCUUUUUAGAACAGUGAAAAAUGACGAAGGUUUGAAGCAAGAAAGUAGAGAGAGGUUUUUUAGCUAUCUUAAGGAAGGCAAACAAUUUACUUCCACCUUAUCGAACGAUAUGCCACAAAAUAAAAUAGAGGAAGUUGGCAAGCAAGAUGAUGAGAUAUACCUGAAUAUAUAUUCAAAGAAAGUGUAUAGCUCAGAGAGCGGGAAUGAUAAGUAUUUUAAUAUAGCUUCGGAAAAGGAAGUGCACACAGAGAGGUCAGGGAGGGAUCCAAAAGUGGACAAGAGGAAUGUCAACAAUUUGGCAGAACAGCUGCUUGGACAUCUGAGUUUUGGUGCUACAAAUAGGAAGAGCAAGAAAAAGGCCACAAUUUCUAGUGGCACAUCUAAUAGAAGUUCACGGCCUAGCAAAAACUUUGAAGAUAAACAGAGCAAGAAACGUGAUAAAGUCGUUGAGGUAAUUUCUAAACCUGCUCUUGAUGAAGUUUCUUUCCAAGCCAUAAUUUCCAUAAUAAAUGGAUAUAUUAAACGCUUUCUCAACGAUGAGGAUUUUCGUAAAACGCUACAUCACAAUUGCUUGUCUUCUCUUAAUUUUAUUGAGCAUGAAGAAGAGAAAACUACUCAGGUCAAAGUCAUGGCCAGCCUUGAACAAGCAAUUGAAAUAGUAGAAAUAACUGCUGAGGACUCCUCGAGUGCUAAAGACUUGAAAAAAGCUUCUUUACAACUAAGUGUGAUUACAGGGUUAUAUUCAAAUAAUUUGGAAGAUGGGUUCACAUUUGGAAUUCCUAAUUCAAACUUGUCAGCUUGUGCUCAUCUUUACCUCAGCGUGAUAUAUAAGCUAUAGAAGAAAGAAAGAAUUUCAGCAAAGCAUCUUUUGCAAGUGUUUUGUAAUGUUCGUUUUCAGGCACAAACAACUUUGUUGCCUGAACUAUGGGACUGCCUGUUUUCUCCACAUCUCUUGCAUUUGAAGGAAUGGUACAUCCAGCAAGCCGAUUCUCUAGCAGAUGAACAAAGCAAGCCAAGGAAAAUGAAGCUUAUUUUGAACGUUUACAAUGAAAUUCUUGAUUCCGAGACUUACCAAUUUGCGAUAUACUAUAAAAAUUGGCUCACAUAAGGGGUUGAAGCUCCUCCCAUUCCAGUCAUAGACAUCCCAUCAGUCUCUGCUUGGAAAGCUGAGUAGGGAAGUUUACUUGGGCAAGCUUCAGAGCCAUCUAGCUCAAAUGGUCCUUUCUCACCUCAACCUAUUAUGAGUAAAAAACUAUAUGAUGUUAUUUUUAGCCACUCAAGUAAGCCAGGAGUCGACGAAGCUGAAGAUAGUAGGGAGGCAGAGAACAUUCAUGAUUGUAUGAUAAGCUCUGGUGAUUCUUCUGUUAUUAAAGAAACAUUGACAUACUUUUCCGAAACUGUCAAAUAUAUGAAUUGGGGUGAUGAAGAGGAUUUGACCAAGAUUGAGCUAGAUGAUGCAUGCCUUCAUGUACGUUAUUUUUCGAACAUUAUUUCUCCCAUCUUUAUUGUUUUUCUUCAUUUAUUCUGGUUUUACAUGUUUUUCCUAGUAUGAAUGGAUCCGUUCACCAAGCAUAUAAAACAAAUUUUAGGGAGUAGUGCUUUUUGUCUACCGUGACUAUCUUCUAACUUUUAUUUUCUUUUACACUAUAAAAUGUUCACAUCAUGCUUACCAACCAUUAUGCCAAGUUUUUGUAAGUGGAAGCUAUAUUGAAUUGGUUUUCACCUUAUAAAGGUUUUGUGCUACUUUCUCGUCAUUUUCGUGUGAUUUCUAUUGCUGGUUGCUUGAUUGUCUUUCUUAUGGGUUACACUAUUCUGAAUGGUAACAUGGUAUGUAAUAACUGUUUGGCAUGUAAAUCUUUGACUGAUAGAUGCCAACAUCCUUGUUUCCAUGUCUAUAUUUUUCUAGAUGUUAAUUAGGGACAUAAAUGUUAACCGUUUGUUAUAUGAUAUUUUGAAAAAGUUUGAUGAUUUAUUUAAUGUAAGAAAUAUCUUUUAAUAAUUAAGAUAAGAUUUAAUUACUAACUAAAGAGGGCAAAAACCUGGUGCACAUUAAUUAUACAUUAUAUCCACAUACUUUGCAUAAGAUAUAUCCUUGCUAGACAUGGAGCAACUUUUUUAAGGGCAGACACACCCCGGCUGGCCCCUCACCCUUACCCCAACUUGCCCCAGAAGCAUCAUUAGACCUAUUAGCAAGCAUGUGAUAGCUUGAAAAUAAUUUCCAAAUGAGAUGAUUGUGUGGUUCAUUUUUGGGAGUUAUUCCAUUGUUUUUGUGCAACAAAAUGAUAAUCUACUAAAAGUAUGUCACAUACCUUUUUGUUCUUUCAAAAUAUCGUACACAAAAAGUUAAGUUAGUAAGUAGAGAGACUAAACAAAUAUAUAUACCCGCCAAGCACACAAGCAGCUGACAUUGGAUUCCUUCGCAUUGACGUGCGUGAAAGUUUGAUAACUCUCUCUCUCUCUCUCUCUCUCUCUCUCUCUAUUAUUAUCGAUGCCAUGCAUUGUUACUGGUUUGUUGUGAUUGUGGAAGUUCUGAUACCAAAUGGAUGGAUUUUGGUCACAAAUGUGUGCUCACAUAUCCAAGAAACUAAAACAUCUAGCUAAAAUAAGGUUUUAAAGUACUUACACAAAAAGCAAGGUUUUAAUGUAAUUUAAAACUCUAUCCAUGUGCAACACCCACCAAAAUCCAUUAUUUUGGAUUGAGAACACUAUGCUACAAAUGUUCACAUGCCUCAAUAGCUUUUUGGUGAGGGUUUCAACAAAAGUAGAAUUUUUACUCCCAAGGCUUGGGACAGAAUUUGCUUACCAAACAUAAUGGUCGGUGGUUUAAGAGUCAGACAUAUGCAUGACAUCAAUAUGACACAUAUUGAUUAUAUGUCAAUCUAAAGCAAUUCUAGCCACCUUUGGGUCUAAACCAUGAAGCAAAAGUUUGUUAGGGGCUACUCCUUCCAAACCACUAAGCCAGUUACCAAUGCUACAUGAAUCUAGAAGAGAAUUCUCAAGACCAAAGAUCUGCUGAGAUUAGGUACCAUCAUUGCUAUAGGAAAAUGAGCACUCAUGUAUAGCUAACAAAGAAUGGAGGUUGUAUGGGGUUAAGUUUUUGCCGAAAAGUAACAUUAAAUUUUGAAAUUGGCCGAGACUGCUAUAUGGCAUGAAGCACUUGCAAAAAGCAAAUGACAAUCUUACUUUCAAUAGCCUAGCCAUAUCUAUUUAGAAUUGCCUCACACUUGAGCUUCUGUUGAUCUUAGUGCUUUUGUUUUUAUUCUUAGUGAGACACCAACUUUCUUCUCUUCUUCUUCAUCUUCUUUUUAAGCUUAGUCCCAAAUUCUUGACUAUUAUAUUAUUGUUAGUUAUUAUGUUCUCUUAGUAGUUUCUGAUAGUUACUUCUGUAAUUCCUUAUCUUAUAAGUGGAGCCAAUCAAAGUCAGAUCCUCUCUUGAUGGUGAGUAGCAAUGGAACUCUUAUUACACCCAAAGUUUUGAUCCAUUGCUAACUUUUACAUUUUUUUUUAAUGACAAAGUUACAUGGAAGUGAUGAAUGCUUUGAUGAACGCUCAUGUUUUUCUAGCAUUCCUCAAGAAUUUAUUUGCCCACUAACUGGAAAGUUGUUUGAAGAUCCAGUCACCCUAAAGACGGGUCAAACCUUUGAACGGGUGGCCAUCAAGGUAUGGUUUGAUCAGGGAAACUGAACAUGUCCAGUAACAGGAAAAUCUUUGGAAUCUGUUUAUGUGCCACUUACCAAUUUUGUUUUGAAGCGUUUAAUUGACAAUUGGAGAUCAGAACAUUUUAGGCACUUGUUGUCUUUUGCCUCUCAAGUAAUGGAAAACUCGGGCAGACAUGGUCUUCAACAAUUGGAUGAAACUGUUAUUUUCAUAUUAGAGCAGCUUCUCACUGCUGUCAGUGAGGAGGAAAAAAGAACAAAUGCCAAAGAUCUUAUAUCUCGUGGGGGUGUGCAUUUUCUUCUUCAAAGGUUUGAAUUGGGAAAGUUAGAAGAGAAAGCACAUGUGGUGGCAUUCUUGUCCUGUUGUAUUGAAGCAGAUGCAAAUUGCAGAAAUCAGAUAGCAAGAAAUAUCAACAAACAUUGUCUUCUUGAGCUACUCCAGAGCAACCAACUUAAGUCGAGAGCGAAUGCAGUGUUAUUGUGGAGUGAACUAAUUCACCUGAGAAGGUGGAAAGACGUCACAUUAUUUUUGAGUGGCUUGCAUAAUGAACCUCGUAAAUGCAGCAUUUACAGAGAAGAGGUAAUUGAUACCAUUACAUUGGCUCUUGAGGAUAGCUUAGUGGAUGAGAAGGUCUGAGAAAAGUGUUGCCAAUCACUUCUUAUCAUGGGAGAGCGUUUCUGUUUCUCUGGGAAGUUAUCGACAAAAAGUUGGAUCCUAAAGCAAGCGGGAUUUAAAGAUAUCUGUGGAGUGUAUUGUGUUGACAAUGAAGAUGAAAAUUUAUUAGCUGAUGACGCCAUUUCAUCGGUAUAGUUGUUUCUAUAUUCUUCUGACCUGUUUCACAUUCUAGCUUUCGAUACACUAUGAUACUUUUUUUUUUCAUUACACGUGAUAUCUGUCCAGGCUUUUCUAAUAA